ACAAAAAUAUGUUAAAUAAGUGCUGAAAAUUAUUCAAACUAUAUAAGCUCUUUGUAUCUAAGUAAUCCAAAUAUUAUUUUUAAAAUAUAUUUAUAUAAAUACAUAACAAUAACAAAACAACAAUACCCGGAAAUUUUGUUAAUAAAUUGAUAAAUACAAACAAUAAUCAAUUAUUUAAUUAAUAAUUAAACUAAAUAAAUUUGUUUUAACAUAUGUAACGCUUAUAAUAAUAUAUUAUAUAUGUAAAUUAAAAUCCUAUACUAACUUAUCUAGGUAGACAUAUGUUUAUAGCUGAUUACAGUAAACCACUGCAUUAUCUCUCAAUUGUUAUUGACAUUAUUUAAAAGAAUAAUUUAAAAAAAAAUAUUUGAAUAAGUAUCAUUAGGUAUCAUAUAGAACACUAAAAUGGUCAUAUACAUGAGAAGCUUAGUUUCACCGUUAUCACGAUCAAUUGUUACGAAUUUUAUGUCGUUCCGUAAAAUGACUGCUAGUGUUAAAACAGAUUCUGUAAAAUCUUUAUUUUAUAAAGAAUAUGGAGAACCUGUAGAUGUUUUACACGUUACAACACAAUCUAUUAAUCAACCAGAAAAUAAUCAGGUUUCUGUCAAAUGGUUGUUAGCUCCUGUUAAUCCAGCAGACAUAAAUACAAUACAGGGUAAAUAUCCAAGUAAACCGCCUUUACCAGCUAUUCCAGGGAAUGAAGGAGUUGGUGAAAUAAUAGCUAUUGGAUCUAAUGUAAAAUAUUUAAAUGUUGGAGAUAGAGUUAUACCAAAUGGUACGCAUUUAGGAACAUGGAGAACACAUGCAAAUUAUACUGUGGAAGAACUUCUGAAGGUAUAUAAUGUGCUUUCAAGUAAUAAGGUUCCAAAAGAAGUUGGCGUUGUGGAAGCUAGUAUGUUAAAUGUAAAUCCAUGUACUGCGUACAGAAUGCUUAAAGAUUUUGUGGAAUUAAAACCUGGUGAUACUGUAAUUCAAAAUGGUGGGAAUUCAGCUGUUGGACAGAUGAUUAUACAACUAUGUAAAAUAUGGAAUUAUAAAUCUGUUAGUGUUAUAAGGGACAGACCUAAUAUAGAAGAAUUAAAGAAUUACUUGACGAGCUUGGGUGCAGAUGAAAUUCUUACUGAAGAUGAAAUAAGGAAAACUCAAAUUUUUAAAAGUAAAAAGUUACCUUCACCAAAAUUAGCUCUUAAUUGUAUAUGCGGGCAAAAUGCAUUAGAAGUUCUAAGACAUUUAGCACAUGGAGGUAUUAUGGUAACUUAUGGUGGUAUGUCCAGAGAACCUUUAACAGUUCCAACGUCUGCACUUAUUUUCAAGGAUAUAACAUUAAAAGGAUUUUGGAUGACAGCAUGGACAAAGGUAAAUAUGAAUUCCAAAGAGCGUGAAAAGAUGUUUAGUGAAUUAGGAGCAUUAUUCAAGGAUAAGAGAUUAAAAGCUCCACCACAUAAAUUAGUUCCAUUUUGUCAGUAUCAAGAAGCUGUUAUUAAUGCACUCCAUACUGAUGGUCGAACUGGAGUGAAAUAUAUUUUGGAUAUGACUAAGCUAUAAAGUAAACUCUCUUUUAGAUUAUAACUUAGUUUUGAGAAUUGCAUUUCUUCUAUCUUUAGUACAUUUUAUAUGAACUAAAAAUAAUUAUAUUUAUUAUUGUGCAAGAGACAUUAAUUUAAUGUUUACGUGAUACAUAUUUUGUAGUGCACUUUUAAAUAAAAUUUUAAUACAGAGUAAUGUUAAUUAUAAUUCAUAAUAUAAAAUGUUUAUAAAAGUACGAUUUUUUAUAUAUUACACAAACUGGAAUAUUGCUGUUCUAUGUAAAAGGAUGUAUUAAUUGAUUUGUGCAGGACGAAAUAUUUUUAUAUAUGAAUGUAAAUAACAAAUUAAAGAACAUUUUUAUUUAUUUUAUUAA